AUUGAUAGGCAGCAGUUUGAAGAGACUGUCCGAACACUGAAUAAUCUCUAUGCAGAAGCUGAAAAACUUGGGGGCCAAUCUUACCUUGAAGGGUGUCUCGCCUGUCUGACUGCCUAUACCAUCUUCUUGUGCAUGGAGACACAUUAUGAAAAGGUUCUGAAGAAAAUUGCCAAGUUCAUUCAGGAACAGAACGAGAAGAUCUAUGCUCCUCAGGGCCUCCUUCUGACAGACCCCAUUGAAAGAGGACUAAGAGUUAUUGAAAUUACCAUUUAUGAAGACAGAGGUAUGACCAGUGGAAGAUAA